AUGUCUCUCCUCCAAAACGAAGACUUUACCAUCUGGCAGCUCCGCACCUCCUACCUCUCCGCAAUCAGAGACGGCGUCGGCGACCGCCUUAUCAACAUCAACUCCUCCAUUCUCAACACUCCAAGUUUCCGCGCUGCCGGCUGGUCAUCAGCCCCUGGUGCCAAUGCCUCACAUAUCAAACGCACUUACUCUCCUCCCAUCCCCACCGCCACGGCCGUUACGUCAGAGUAUUUCCAGGUCAGUGCAAGGCAGAAUAAAGGCUUCGGCGAUAUAAAUGGUGGCAGUGAUGGGCACAAUGAUGCUGCUGGACCCGCGGGUCUUGAAUUCGGGAUGGUGGACGAUGGCGAGGAGGAAGAGGGUGGAAUUGUGACGGGCCCGAAGGGCAGUGUGAACACUAUUACGCAGCGACAGCCCAAGCGGGCUGCAGGAAGGAAGGGACGGAGGAAAGAGAGAUUGGAUGUCCCCAGAUCGCACCACCAGCAGCACAGGCUGGGUGAAGUUGAGGACAAUGAUAGUAGUGAUCUUAGUGAUGAGAGUGAUGAGGAGGUUGAAGGUGUUCGUGAACGCAGGUCUAUACAGCAAAUCAAGUUUACCAAAAUGCCGGUCCGGCGAACACGUGCUGGUUCAUCUCCAAUACGUAGCCUGGAUCGUCGUGAUAAUCCUGAUGUUUUUGUAACAUCGCCUUCACUGAGGUCCGUCAAUGACCGGUACCGGAGGGGUUCGCUUGGUGCAGUAGAAGCAGUAAAAGCUCGAGCACGCAGAAAUACUGGCCCUAGUAGCGAUAUGUCAUCAGACAACGAAGCAUACGGGCCCGCUGUGAGGAGACGGCAGAUUCAUUUUUCUAACCACGAGGACGUGAUUAAUCCAAAUGACAAACCACCAAGCGAAAAGCUGGAUGAAGAAGAUGAGCUAGAGGCAGGAAGCAUCGAGGAUGCCAUCAAUGAUCACGAUGAAGAUUCAAUAGCCGAGUCUGAAGGAUCUGUUCUUUCUUCUGAAUUCGGGGGCACUGCUGGAUCGGGAUCAUUGCUGGAUCGCGUCGGAUCGUUAGACUCAGCAUCGCCAAUGAUCUCCGAUAAACUGCCAUUGACUCUCGAAUCACAGGGUAGUUCACCCAGGAAACAGAAACAAACGAUUACUUCACCGGAGCUAAAUGUACUUCCACCGCCUCGGCCCAUCAGCACCGUUGAGCCCAUCAGUCUUUUGUCUACAGCGCUCCGAGCACGAAAGAAGGCGCCUGCCAACCCUUUGGAGAUAUAUGCUGCGCUAUCGGGCAGAGGAUCCAACACAACUCCACUAUACAUCAAUUUCUUUAUUCCGUCGUCCUCCCAACCAGAUGAGCCUUUGGAUGUGCCAAUUAUACGAGAAUCGAAGGAUUUAGAUCACCCUGGUCCAGUUACCGUUGCCCAAGCUAUCGGGCUGGGCCUAUGGAGAUAUAUGGAAGAACGCCGAAAGCCGCCACUUGAAGGAGAAAUGCUCAAUGUAAAUCGGUGGAAUCUCCGGAUGAUUGAGGACGGCGAAGUUGACUAUGAUUUCCCAUGCCUAGCGAGAGGUAGACCCAUCAUUGAUUUUACUUCCAACAACAAUCGCGCCCCUACCGCGCGCGGACGGUCCAGGAGCAAGCCAUACGACGAAUUUGCACUUGUGAAGGCGACGGCAGCUGAAUUCGCGGAGAAUGAGAAACAGUAUCCCACGCCGAGUGCUGAUGAAGUCGAUGAGCCGGAAAUUACUCUGCCGAUAAUACAAGUCAAUCAGGAUAACGCUAAAAACAGGAUGUUUGGAAGGAUCAACCCCAUCCUAGGCCAGCCAUUUUCAUCCGCGUUAAAUGAUAGCACUCUCACCCCAGCCGAUCGCCCCGCUGUACCUACAUCAUACGCCACACCUAGAAUGGGCGUCACCAAGACAUUGAAGGUCAGAUACAUUGACCUAGACGCAACGCAAACAACCUCCAUGAACACAUCUACAGACAGCUACAUCGCCGAAAUCCUAGACUCCGUCUGCAAGAAGUGGGGCCUGGACAAAGGCCAGUACCUCCUUAAAGUCAUGGGCUCCAACACCGUCGCCCCGCUAGACCGAACCGUAGAAGCCCUGGGCAGUAUCACAGACCUGGACCUUGUCCGCCGCCGAUUCGGCACUGGCCCACUCUCCAUCACCGGAUCCCCAGUCAGCGUCUCACCCAACGCGCCGCUAAUGGUCGAAAACACGACCUCUCACAGUGCCAGUUCCAAGAAGGGCAAGAAGGGCGGCAGUGGCACGGGAGGCGGUCGCAUGCUGCACCCGCUCGCGCACACCCAGGAUCUCCUGGGUGGCUACUACCGGCGCUACAACGUCAUCCGCAAGCAAUCCAUGUCGUUCACGGCGUCGAAUCAGCGCGUGCUCGCGUUCGACAUGGACUACAUGCAUAUCAUGCCGGCGGAGACGGGCAAGACGCUCUUCGAAUCGAACAGCAAGACGACGUCGAUAUCGUUUAAUGACGUUGUGGGGUCGAAGGUUAGCCGGAGGCAUCCGAAGAGUUUCCGGGUGGUGGUGUUGAGGGGAAACGCGGCGAGUGAGCAGAAGAGAUAUGACUUUGAGGCGAAGAGCGCGGUGGAGGCGGCGGAGAUUGUGGAGGAGAUCAAGAAGAAUAUGUUGCAGUAUCAUGUGUGA